AUGUCAGGGCGGUCGCGCGGCGCCAGGAACCGGUGCCCCUCGCCCGUCGCCGAGACGCCGCCACGGUGGGGCCCCCACCCCCAACGGAGGUCCGGUCGUAAAUCAAGUAGACAUUCGGAUUUAAGUCGCGCUGAACACCAUAAACGCGAAGUUCCGAAUUCCAUCGAGAAGCUCAGUUGGGAACCGCAAGGUGCUUUCAUUCGUGAUAUGGAAAAGAGACAUGGCUUAGUCACCAACAACCGGAGAGAGAGUGUGUGUGUGGGUCUCACGGGAGUAUCCACACCUUCCCGUGAUGGUCCCCCACGAACGACUUCAACGAAGACGACGUCCUUGGAGCAAGACGAGGAUCAAGUUUAUCCUUCGUCAUUGAAGUCUCACGGUAUGAAAAGUAUGUCUAUCAAGUUUUACGAAUUCACAAAAAGUGAAAAGCCUUCCCUCACGAACAACGCUUUCAGUCGUUUCAUCCUCAUCAAUGCUUCGCAUUUUCGUGAUAGGCCGCCUCCAGAAGAUGAUGCGGAAAGCGCAGCGAAGCUAUUACCACUACCUGGAUACUACACACCCACAAGAGCUAAGGAUUUUCCGUGGCUGAUGGGCCAUAACCCGUCCGCGGUCGGUAAGAACAGACCAACGAGAGCAAAGCUUUGCCUGCAAGUGUCCGACUUCCAUAGCCAGACAACCCAUGAUUCAAAUGCACUCAAUGGCUCUGUGUUGCUUUGCGACCUUGGUUACUCGCAAGUCAAUGUCCUGGUCCAAGCCAAAGUAUUUGGUCUCUCGCAUUGUUUCGUUCUCGGCGUACAAAUGCCGGCAAUGGCGAGACUUGGAUACGACAACACAGCUAUCGAAGGAGCGAAAGGCGAGACCAGUAAUAACUACUUUGGCAGCGCCGAACAGAAUUCCAUGCACCAGUCUCCUUCCCGUGAGCCGGUUCGACGAUCCAGGCACGCAGAACCAAACUUUGACAUGGCUUUAUCAUACACACAGGCCUGCAAUCACCAGUUCAAUCAGGCUUCCAAGCACAUUUUAUUCAAAGCCUUAUCUCAGGUACAGGGCAACGUGGAACAUGGCCUCGGCGGCCUCGGCUCUCGGGACGUCCCCGAUCAAUGCUUCUCUUCGGACGAUCUGCGGCUGGGCGAUUACCUGAGCCCAGUCGAGAAAAUCAAGCACUGCCCCUAA